CAUUUCCCUAGAAAACCCAAAUCCCCAUUCUCCCUCACCCUUUACUCCCCGGUUCUGCUUCAAGGUCCAAAAAAGAAAAAAAAAAAGAGGGGAAAAAAAAAUCUCAACUUUAAGUCUCACAGGCAAGAGAUGAAGGAGUUCUGGACAUCCCUGGCCUCCCUCCUCGGCGUCCUCGCCUUCUGCCAGAGCCUCCUCCAGGUGGUGUUCCCGCCGGAGCUCCGGUUCGCCUCCCUCAAGUUCCUGAACCGGGCCCUCACCUGCUUCUCCUCCUACUGCUACUUCGACAUAACCGAGAUCGACGGCGUCAACACCAACGAGCUCUACAACGCCGUCCAGCUCUACCUCAGCUCCUUCGUCUCCGCCUCCGGCAGCCGCCUCUCCCUCACCCGCGCCGUCAACUCCAGCGCCACCACCUUCGGCCUCUCCAACAACGACUGCAUCGACGACGUCUUCGACGGCGUCGCCGUCCAGUGGGAGCACGUCGUCACCCAGCGCCAGUCCCAGACCUUCUCCUGGCGGCCCCUCCCCGACGAGAAGCGCGGCUUCACGCUCCGGAUCCGGAAGCGCGACAAGGACCUCAUCCUCGACUCCUACCUCGACUACAUCAUGGAUAAGGCCAACGACAUCCGCCGCAAGAACCAAGAUCGCCUCCUCUACACCAAUUCCCGCGGCGGGUCGCUCGAUUCCCGUGGCCACCCUUGGGAGUCGGUGCCGUUCAAGCACCCCAGCACCUUCGACACGUUGGCCAUGGACCCGGACAGGAAGACGGACAUCAUGGAGGACCUCCGCGACUUCGCGGCGGGGCAGGCCUUCUACCAGCGGACGGGACGGGCCUGGAAGCGGGGCUACCUGCUCUACGGCCCGCCCGGGACGGGGAAAUCGAGCAUGAUCGCCGCGAUGGCCAAUUUCCUCGGCUACGACAUCUACGACCUCGAGCUGACCGAGGUGCACUCCAACUCCGAGCUCCGGAAGCUCCUCAUGAAGACCAGCUCCAAGUCCAUCAUCGUCAUCGAGGACAUCGACUGCUCGGUCAAUCUGUCCAACAGGUGCAAGGCAACCCCCGCCGCCGCCGCGCCCCGGAGCUACUACGACCCCGACGCGGCCCGCGGCGGCGAGGACGGGAACAACAACACGAUCACCCUCUCGGGGCUCCUCAACUUCACCGACGGCUUGUGGUCGUGCUGCGGGAGCGAGAGGAUCUUCGUGUUCACCACCAACCACAUCGAGAAGCUCGACUCGGCAUUGCUCCGGAGCGGCCGGAUGGACAUGCACAUCUACAUGAGCUACUGCUCGUACCCGGCGCUCAAGAUCCUGCUCCGGAACUACCUGGGCAGCGAGGCCGAGGAGCUGCUGGGCGAGGCGGCGGCGGGGGAGCUCCGGGAGGCGGUGGAGAAGGCCAAGAUGACGCCGGCGGACGUAAGCGAGGUGCUGAUCAAGAACCGGAGGAACAAGGAGAGGGCGGUGGGGGAGCUGCUGGAGGCGCUGAGGGCGAGGGCGGAGAGGAACGACAAGUACGGAGGGUUGAGAGAGGAGUGCGAGCUGAACGGGGUGGCGGUGGAGGAGGAGGAAGAGGAGGAGCAGGAGAAGAGGGCCCUGGAGAGCCCCAAGGAAGGGAGGAGCGACUGCGAGGACGAUUCUUGCAAGAAAGUCGAGGAGGACGAUGAAGAGAAGAAAGCAAAAUGAGAGGGAAAAUCAUCUUCUCCUUUUUUUUUUUUUUCCUUUUUUUUUUUGGGCUUAGAAAUGAAAAAUGGAUAAGCAAUUCGAUCCUGUUGGGGGAACAGACGGAUGGUUAUUUUUGGUUCGUGAUUUCUGAGGGCAAAUUGGUAAAUUUGAAAUGUCUUAUGAAGAAUU